ACAUCCGCUCUUUCGUGUGGAGGGGAGGAGAGCGGUGAGGCAUGGCGGAGGCGCUCGGUAUCCGCCGCCAUCCGCGGUUCUGAGGCCAUGGGGGGAUCGGUGCUGUUACAGCUACAGAGAGCAGAGCUGCAUCAGUGGCGGUGGAUGAGGCUGAGCAGGUAACCGGCAAACUGAAACAUGACUGAUGCAGUUGAAUCCCAGUCUUCUGACUCUGAUUACCCAGAUGCCCAAGAGCUAAUACGCAGUCAGCAGAAAGGCCUGUAUAAGGUACAGACAUGUGAAACAAAUACACAAAGGAAGCGUUCGCGUUCAAGGCAGAAGAAUGCUGCUCCUGAGGAGUCUUCAGAUGAGCCUACCAGUACACACAAAUCGGCUGCUUCAGCUGAGGUUUUGCUGGUCAGCAGUGAUUCAGAAACUGAGCUCUCUGCUGCUAGUGGCAGUAAAUAUCAUCGUAAGUGCUCCACUGCAUCUUCAAAGCAGAAAAGGAGAUCACAGUCUUCGAGGCAACAAACCUGUGACAAUGAAAGCUCUUCAGAUUCAUCUCCGUCCCCUCACAGUCCAGUGCAAUCAUUGGAAACUUCCCAGAAGCAGAAGUCAAAACUAAAUUUGAAAGCCAUUCUUGCCUAUCACUUUAGAGGAAAGAAGUUUAAGGCUGCUGCACGCAAGAAAUUCAAGAUGUACUCAAGGAAGAAGUAUGAGAGCACGCCGAUGUCUGAAAGGAGGAUACCUAUAAAGAGGACACCACUGACAGCCUCUCCUCAAGAACAAAAGAGAAGGCUUCUAGACAGAGGUUUGCAAUUCCCUUUUGUUCAGGAACAUUAUGGCAAGAAACAUCUUCCCUUACCGAUGGUUCUUGGCUAUGAGCAAGCAGCUGCCAAGGGAUAUUUUCAGUACAUUGAAGUACUUAAAUAUGAAAGCCAUCUUAAAAAAGCUUUACAAGCCCUUCAGGCCAGUGAAGACUUGGAAAGAGAUUGCCUGGUGGUACGGAAACACAAAUACUUAGAUGAUGAAGGUCCCAUUUCCCCUAUUCAGGAGACAAAUGAUGAUGAUGAUGACAACUUGAAUUCUGAUAAUCAAGGACAACUUGAUGCGAAAGUAGUGGAGAACAGCUCUUUCAUUAUAAGCAGCAAAAUUCCCAGUAAGAAAAAAUCAAAACAUGCAAAAUCAUCUGAAGCAGUUGAAAUAGAAGAUGAUUGUCUAUGCUGCUGAGAACACUUGGUUUCUGCGAGGUGCUCACCUCUGAACUAACAAGUGAAGUCACAGUGCUUGCUUUUCAGAUACCCUUUUCAUAGCUUGCUUGGUUUAAAAUAUUGAUGAUCUAUCAAGCAAGCAAGCUCAUCAGAAUUAUUUUAAGGCUUCCACCUGAGAAGUACUGUAUGGUUUGAAAGAAGACUCAUCCUGGAUCCUAGCAGUGGGGUUCUUGCUUGUUUGUUGCUUUUGGAAGAUGGAAUACUACUCAAGAUGUCUUAAUGUGCAAGAUGACCACACCAGCUCUGCAGCAGUGGGCAACUCUAACUCCUGGAGUACAUGAAUUCUACAGGCAACAGCUGGCCUUCUGACAUAUGAGUCUAUAUUACUUGGACUUCUGUGGAACACAGCAGCAAAAGAGGGGGAUUCCUGUGAUUUCUGGAACACGGUGGGGAGCCUCUACUUGAGGAGGGAGGUCCACAUCGUAGUCCAGUUGGAACUAGCAUGUUGAUGGUGCAAUUAGAAUGAGAGAAGAAAUGCAGGAUGCCAUUCCACAGAAAUCUGAAGUCCCUCCUAGGUGCAGAUUUACACUUUUGAUACAAAUGAAAAUAGCACUCAAGUGGAAAAGCUUGGUGCUUUAGGACACAGAACAAAGUGAACUUUGCUGUGUGAAAAGCUGUGGAAGAAAAGUCUGCCAGUGUCUGCUACCAACGUGCUGCAUGUCAGAGGAUGAGAACCACCCCUGAGUGCCACUGAAGCAAGUCUGAAGGUCCUGGUGCCAUGGCUGCAAGUCUGCUGCACAGAACUGUACAGCUCUUCUACGUUACUGCAACAGUACUUCAUUUGAAAGUAACCAUUCCACCUUCCUUUGAAAAUGGAAAUAGUGCAGGUUCUCUGCGUGCCUUUGCCCUUACUUCUUCAGUUGUGACUUGCCUGUUUGGUCCUGCUGGAUGAGGGAGUAGCGAAGUUCAGGACAGUUACAACUUGAUACUCGACUUUGACUUGAGUGUCAAGAGCUUUUUCCAGUAGAAUUAGAACUUAACCAGAUGUUUUCCCUCAACCUAAGUGGUUGAAGCUCUGGAGAUAUGUUUUUAUGCUGGUGCAUUUCAAUAAAGCUGCUGUCAAAGA